AUGCUAUUGAUAUCUCCGCUGAUUCGGUGUCUUCGUGUAAAUCGUAUUGUACAUCGUGCCUUCUUAGGCAGUGUUUCUUUACAAGGAAGAUUAUCAUUGACUUAUACCUGUAGGGUUUGUGGUACUCGACAGGGUCCAAAAUUUCUUUCCGAGAAGGCAUACAAGGAAGGUGUUGUAAUUGUAACUUGCAACAGUUGCAAAAAUUACCAUUUAAUUGCCGAUAAUUUGGGCUGGUUUCCGCAGUCCAAAGGUUCAAGAAACAUCGAAGAGAUACUCAAAGAGAAGGAUGAGGAAGUAAGAAAAGGCAUCGAGCUUAUCGAUAUCGCCAAGUGA